CAAUAGCGUCAAAGUCAACAAACAUCACCACUGCUUAUCCUUUCAUAAUAUUCAUUAUUUACCAUAUAGUCAUUAGUCAUUACUCAUUCGGUGGUUCGAUUCACCGUGUUGUCGCGCAUUGCGCAAUAGCAAUUAAUUAUUUUUUUUUUUUUUGUACAUAUUAUAUUGUAAGUUAUUUUAACAUAGCGUUACCCUUUGGGUCACCUAUACACUGUAUAGUACAUUUAAUUAACCUGUAGUAAUUUAACACCGAAUUAGUGUAGUACCUCUAAAAUAAUCGUGCAACUUAUUAUUUAAUAAUAAAUAAAUUGUGAUAAACACUCACCUAGGUAGGCAAUCUGAUUCAAGUUUGAUUUCUACAAACAAUAUUUCCACUUUUUAUUUACGCUAUAAGUGAAGUCAAUUGUUUUGCUGUCAUCACAACUGUCAAAAUGGGUAUAACUAAGAGGCCUGCUAGCAAUUGCAGUGAUGAAAUACUUGCAGCCGAUAUAGAUGAACUUGUUGAUAAUACGGUUUACUCUACUUCCAACUCUGAUGCCAGUGAUGAAUCAGACUAUGAAAUGAUGAUACCGCCACCCGUAACCAUAAUUGAUUAUUCAGCAUUCUACAGAGAUCUCUGCCCUGAAUUAAGGAUUUCCUACAAUAAUGAUAUCUCAGAUGCUGAUAAUAAACCUGUAUCACAUAAGAAAAAAAAUAUUUCUCAAAUGGGACGCAAGAAAGCAAAUCGUGCACAAAAUGAAAAUUUUCUUCUUUCUUUGAGUGAUGAACUUGAAGAUGAUAUAUUUUGUAAUGACAACAAAAAUGGAUUCACCAAAGCAAUCAACAGGCUUUCGACUCGGCCUGACUUGAAAGAAUCAUUUAUUGAAGGAAAUGAUGAGCUUGUACUAACAAAACGUAAUAAAGGUUCUGCUGCCGAAAAUCAUGCUGAAAAAAAGUCAAAACGAAGCAUUCGCCCAGAUUUGGCAUUUAAAAAUCUGACUACAUCACAAAAAUCCCUCUUCAAACAGAAAAGUUUACCUUUUGCUGCUAUAGAUCAUCUGGAAACCGAGGUUGUACGAUAUUUUUCGCUUGUACCAAAAGGCAUUUACACAUCAGCACCAUUGCCAAGUUACAACAGAAUGCUGCUGCAUAGUAUUGUCCGUUACUAUUCUUUGGAUGCCAUGAGUGUAAAUAGCCGUGGUCGACGUGCCCAGAAAAUUGUACAAGUACGCAACAGUCGUUUUGAUGAUUUUAAACCACCUCGUAUGAGCCUGUUAAAAUACAUAUCAAGUCUUAAUAACAAUUGUUAAACAGCAAAUGGCCGUUAUCAUUGGAUCCAAUGAAUAUUUGCUAAUAGGCGUUUUUCGUUCAGCUUAUUAUAAUAUAAUAUAUUAUAUUAGUUUUAUAUCUUAUUUUCUUGCAUAAUUUUCACGUUUGUUUUAUUUAUUAAAUUAUAAUUUAUAGCUUUAGAUAUAUUUGAGUAGUAUGUAUAUGAUUUAAUUAUUGACCAAACUAUUAUAUUAUAAACAUAAUUUAUAUUAAAUAACUUAACAUAUAUCUUAAUAUAUUACAUUAUAUAUAUAUGCUUUUAUUACUUUUAAUAUAUUAAUGUAUCUAUAAUAAUAGUUAUUAACAGGACUCGGAAUUUAAUACAUUUGCAUAUAUAUAAAUAUUUCAUUGCUUCUUUAAAGUUUCGUGCCCUGGCUAUCGACAAAUAUUAUAAACUCUAAUUUAUUCUUUGAUAUAUUCAUACAUUUAUUGGAAACAACAGAAUAUUAUAUUAUAAAAAUAUAUAAUGUAAAUAAUAAUGUUAUUUACAUUAAAUUUAUAAUUUACUUUCAUGAAAUAAUUAAUGUUUUAUAUGAUAACUAGGACUUAGAAAUUAUUGCAUUUACAUUUUUUUUUUAUUAUUAAACUUAUUGUUUAUAAGCCAAAAAUCCAUUUUAUGCUAAUACAAACUUGUUUAUGAUUUUUUAUAAAAAUUUUGCAAUUUUGUCUUAAUUUUACUGUAUUAUUUUUGUACUUUCCAAAUGUUUACAUCAAUUUUAGUGAUAUUUAUAAAUUGAUUAUUUGUGUACUUAAAUGAGAAUAGUAAUAAAAAAAGAUAAAAUGAAA